GUUUUGCCUCCUACUUGCACUCUUGCCAUGUAUGGUCCGUAUUAUAUGCUCACAUCCAUCCACUACUGUACUCUUAUUCACCCGGAACCAACUUUUUCCGGUGGAAUUCGGGAGGGAGUUUCUCUCUCGUCUUGUCAAAGUCUCUGAGAGCUGGGAGCUGUGAUUCUGUGAUGGUCUUCCUCUUAUUCUUCUCUCUCUCUCUCUCUUUACUUUCGCAGUUGGGAGGACAAUGGAAUAUUUUUGCAAUAACUUUUCCAGCUCAGAGGCGAUAUAACAAGAGAGCAAACUAGAUCUCAACAGACCACAUCUUCCUCUUCUGGAGCUCUUGUUUGUACUUGGGCCGAGCUGAGAGAAAGCAUCGCGGUGGUGAUCGUCGUCGUCGUAAGUAGUUGGACAGGAAACAUAGUUUCAGACACGCACAGAAAGAAAGAGAGAAAGUCCGUCUCGUGAAAAAAGUAGGAGUUGAUUAUUACGUAAUGUGACGACGAGUAUAGCAGUUUUGCACACAAACAACGUGUUGUUGUUCUUUUUCUCCUCUCGUCGCAUCGCAUCUGCCACUUUCAUCCUUUCCAAUGCUCAUCAUAGUGAAUUGUUUGCUCAUAUUGGUUUUGUCAGAUUUGGGUUGCGGGACGCCACAUGCGAAGCGGUUGUACGAUGACUUAAUCAGCAAUUAUAAUCCACUAAUACGUCCGGUGGCCAAUGAUUCUGACAGAGUCGCGAUCAAGCUGGGUCUCAAGUUAUCACAGAUUAUUGACGUGAACAUGAAAAACCAGAUUCUUACAACAAAUGUGUGGGUUGAACAAAUGUGGAUUGAUUACAAAUUAGUUUGGGAUCCAGAUAAUUAUGGUGGAACGAAGGAGCUGUACAUUCCAUCGGAGAAAAUUUGGUGUCCGGAUAUAGUUCUGUUUAAUAAUGCGGAUGGUAACUAUCAGCCGAACACAAUGGCGAAGGCAACAAUACAUUUCACCGGACUAAUUGUCCUCACACUUCCGGCGAUUUACAAAUCAUUCUGUGAAAUAAACGUGGAAUACUUUCCUUUCGACGAACAGACUUGCUUUCUGCGAUUUGGAUCAUGGACUUUCGACGGGAAUGAGGUUGAUUUGCAACACCUUUUUCAAGAGUCGGAUUCAGACGUUGUUCAAGUUGGAAUAGAUUUGACAGAAUUUCAUCUCUCCGUGGAAUGGGAUCUGUUGGAAGUUCCAUGCCGUCGAAAUGUGGAGACUUAUCCUUGUUGCGAUGAGCCCUACAUUGAUCUCACGUUUAAUAUUACGAUUCGCAGAAAAAUGAUGUUUUAUACGGUUAAUCUCAUUGUGCCAACGGUUAUAAUUUGCUUCCUGACGGUUCUAGUUUUUUACCUUCCUUCCGAUAGUGGCGAAAAGAUAGCUCUCUCGAUUAACAUUUUGGUUUCGUUGAGUUGGUUUUUUCUCCUGUUGGACGAAAUCAUUCCCCCGACGUCUCUAGCAAUACCGUUAAUUGGAAAGUAUCUCUUGUUCACGUUUCUUCUCGUGGUAACGUCGGUAUUUUUGACGGUGGGCGUUUUAAGUGUACAUUUCAAGGGUUCUUCCUCACAGAAAAUGCCACCCUGGGUUCACAACGUCUUUCUCCACGUAUUACCAAGAAUUCUUCGCAUCCAACGACCAGAUUGGGAUCCUAGAUACAUUCCGUUGAUAAAGAAUAGAGAAAUGUUUCCAGCUUUGAAAAACUUCGAGUUGGGGAUGAGAUAUGCGUAUAGUGCGAGUAAUGUGGGCAGAGUCACGGAUUUUUCUCCAGUCAAUAUUCGAAGGCCUUUGUCCGACCUGGAUUUUCCGAGACAACGAAGAAUUUUUGAGAACUUGAACAAACGUGUUAGCCCCGAGGUUUUGUCAGCAAUUGAAAGUGCAGAGUAUUUGGCUCAACAUAUUUCCAAGCAGAUUGAUAAGACAAAGGAAAUUGAUGAUUGGAAGUACGUGGCGAUGGUUCUCGAUAGGUUAUUUCUGUGGAUUUUUACUCUAACUUGCUGCUGCGGAACGGUGUGGAUUAUUCUGCUAGCCCCAUCUUUAACCGACGCUAGAAUUCCGAUUGACCAAGAACUUUCCCGGGAUAAACAUAUGAAAUGGACAUAAAGCAGUCGAAAUAACAAUUAGUAUUGUUAUGCAUACAUCGCUCAGGAAUCAUUGUCCCGUAAUAAUAAUGUCCCAAUAAUUUUGUAUUACAUACUAGCAAAUAAGAAAUUAAUUAAACCCCGUGCCAAAAAAAACGAAAGAAAAGAAAAAUGCCGUUGUAACGAUAUCUUUCCUCUAAAACCAAAUCAAUGAACAAAGCCUUUCACCCAAGACAAAUUAUAGCCCCGCAUGCAUAUAGUACAAAACCCAAAAAAGUAUGCAGUUUAUUGGUCUAUAACUAUGAUCAAUUGUUUACUCAAUAAUAAUUAGGUAAUACUUUGUAUGAAAAACAAUUAAGUAAUUAAGUACUGUGUUCAGCGGAAGAAUAGGAAAGUUUGUGUAGUUCUGGAAUCAAGACUUUUUGACAGACGAAUUUUUCCAGUAGAAAGAAAAAGUGAAAAGUGUGUAUUUAAAAUCUGUAAGACGAAACCUUAACUAGAACAAAUUGAUCCAUAAACUGUUGGCCUAUGUAAAUUCGAAUUUAUGAAAAAUUUAAAUUAUUCAAUACCUAUUUCGAUUGUGCAUAUUAUGUAGGUUUUCUUUGAUACUGAUUUCUGAUUUCUGAUUUCUUCCGAUAUGGGUCCAUCCAAAUAAAAAAAAACAACCUAUAAAUAUAUUUACCUUAUAGAAUUACAGUCCAAAUUCAGAUAAUAUGAGAUUUGUUAUUUUAGGUCAAAUUUUUUGCAAUCCAUAUUGUAACCUACCAAGCCAAAUUAUUAUUACUAAAAAUUACCAGUAAUAAUUAUGAUAUGAAAAAUUGUGAGCGAAAAGAUUAGCAAAAUAUAGAAUCGGAUAGUAAUAAUUUGGAGGCAUGAAUUGUGACAGUAGAAAUUUGUACUCUACCUACGCAACUAAAUUACAUGCAGCCAACGACAUUAAGAAAAAUUUAGUCAUGUCAAGAGAAUAACUGAUAAUAAGUAAGAGACAUUUACACGUAUGUUAUUACUAAUUGAAAAGUAGAGAUUAGAAACCUUGACUGACCCCGAAGUAGACUGAGCAAUAUGAGAAUAAUGGUAAUCCUGGCGAAUUUAGAAAACAUGUAGAAGACAUAAAUACAUAUGUAUGUAAGUAAAACGGAUAACAAUAAAAAUAAAAAAAGUACUACAAAUUUCCUAAACGUUUUA